CCGGUGACAUUCGAUAUUCUCGACACGGACUUCGACAUCAUUCUGGGAAUGCCUUGGCUUGCAAGUGCGGAUCACACGGUCAACUUCCAUCGGCGGACUCUUAGCGUUCGCGAUGCCUUCGGCGCGGAAGUGGCGUGUACGAUUCCUCUAUCGCACUCUUCGAUCCGGUGCCAAGUGGUGACGGCUAAAUCAUUCCGGGCGACUUGUGCUUACGAGCAGCCCGAGGAGAUCGGCAUAUGUUUCCUACGGACAGUCGAGGUAGCCGACUCUUCACCCACGGACUUGUCUUCGGACCCCCGUGUGGUACGGUUGCUGGACGAGUUCGCCGACAUCUUCGAGUCACCUACCGGUGUGGUGCCGGGUCGACUGAUCUCUCACGAGAUCAUUCUUGAGGCCGGUGCCGUGCCGCCGAAAGGUUGCAUCUAUCGGAUGAGCGAGGAGGAGCUUGAGGUACUCCGUGCACAACUCGAUGAUUUGUUGGCCAAGGGCUGGAUCCGCCCGAGUAGCUCCCCAUAUGGAGCACCAGUUCUCUUCGUCAGGAAGAAGAACAAGGAUCUACGAUUGUGUAUCGACUACCGCAAGCUCAACGCGCAAACCGUCAAGAAUGCGGGGCCUCUCCCUCGCAUCGACGAUCUUCUCGAACGGCUGGGCGGCGCGAAGUGUUUUUCCAAGUUGGAUUUGAAAUCAGGAUAUCAUCAAAUCUCGAUUCAGCCGAAUGAUCGCUACAAAACCGCAUUCAAGACGCGGUACGGGCAUUUUGAGUGGGUGGUCAUGCCUUUUGGCCUCACCAACACCCCGACGACAUUCCAGGCGGCGAUGACCAAUGAGUUUCGUGCAAUGUUGGACCGGUUCGUGCUGGUCUACUUAGACGAUAUUCUCGUCUACAGCCGUACAUUGGAGGAUCAUCUUGGACAUCUUCGACGAGUGUUGGAGACGCUCCGCCGCGCCAAGUACAAGGCCAACCGCGACAAGUGCCAAUUUGUCCGGCAAGAGCUGGAAUACUUGGGCCAUUUUGUCACACCGGAGGGCAUCAGUCCGCUAUCGGACAAGAUUCAGGCCGUCCAAGAGUGGCCGGAGCCUCCGAACGUCACGGAUGUCCGCUCGUUCCUCGGUCUUACCGGCUACUAUCAGCGCUUCAUCAAAGGCUACUCCAAGAUCGCGGCCCACUUGAACAAGCUUCAGUGCGAGGAUAGGUCGUUUGACUUCAGAGAGGAGGCGCGAGGAUCAUUCUUCGCUCUCAAAGUCGCGCUAUUGUCUGCAGAGGUCUUGCGAAUCUACGACCCGCUCACGCCUAUGCGUGUCACUACGGAUGCGUCAGGCUAUGGCAUUGGUGCAGUCCUCGAGCAACAUGAUGGYGUGGACUGGCACCCGGUCGAGUACUUCAGCAAGAAAGUGCCCCUCGUGCAUUCCAUUGACGAUGCACGCAAGAAGGAGCUCCUCGCCUUCGUCUACGCGCUCAAGCGGUGGCGGCACUUCCUCCUUGGUCGAAGCCAAUUUCACUGGGUAACGGACAACAAUCCGUUGGUCUUCUACAAGACCCAAGACACCGUCAACAGCACCAUCGAUCGAUGGAUGACUUUCAUCGACCAGUUCAACUUCUUUCCCGAUCACAUUCCCGGGAAGUCGAACCGUUUUGCGGAUGCUCUCUCACGGCGUCAGGAUCAUUGUACCGCAGUCUACUCGACCUUCGAGAUUGACGACGACCUGCGGAACAACUUCAUCCGCGGCUACCAAGCCGACCCCGAUUUUCGCGACAAGUACGCGAAUUGCUCCUCUCCUAAUCCGGCUCCUUCUCACUAUUGGAUCCAAGAGGGGUACUUGCUUGUCCACACGCGGGGGAAGGACCUUCUUUGCGUACCGAGUGAUCCUCACUUGCGUACACGGCUUCUUGGCGAGUUCCACGACGCUCCUGCCACUGGACAUUUUGGAGUCAAUCGCACGAUUGGCCGACUUUGCCAGCAAUUUUGGUGGCCCGGCCUUCUCGGCGACGUCACACGCUAUUGCGAGUCAUGCGAGGUUUGCCGACGCUGCAAAUCCCGCAACCAUCGUCCAUACGGCGAGUUACGACCAUUACCAGUCCCGUUGAGGCAAAGGGAAGCGAUUGCCAUGGACAUCACCGGCCCGUUCCCCAAGCACAAGACCGGAGUGGAUGGGAUUCUCACGGUGGUCGACCGACUCACCAAGUUCGCCAUGUUUUUGCCUUGUCGUUAUCAUGCCAAGGCACCGGAGUUGGCCGAGGUUCUGUACGCCGGUUGGAUUCGCACCAAGGGUUACCCCAAGGAGAUCGUCUGCGACCGCGACACUCGGUUCAUGUCCGAUUUUUGGUUGGCGCUCAUCAAGCGAUGCGGCUCAUCUCUCAAGCCCAGUUCAGCUCGCCACCCUCAGACCGAUGGCCAGACGGAGAGGGCGCAUCAGACCGCACAGGUUCUUCUUCUCAUCCGCCCCGACCAGAAAGACUGGGUUGAGCGACUGCCGGACGUUGAGUUGGCUUACAACUCUUCCAUCCACCCGGCUAUUGGGAUAUCGCCCUUCGAGUUCGAGCACGGCUCGCCGGUCACAUCACCGUUGGACACUAUCACUCCACGCACGGCCGAGAGCGACGACCAUUUUCUCUUCUUGCGUCGGAUGCAAGAGCUUCUUGUCAAGGCACGCGAUCAGAUGGCGAAGACGCAGCAGCGCAUGAGCCAGCAGGCAAAUCGCCAGCGUCUUCCUUGUCCUUUCCGCGCCGGAAACCUUGUCUGGGUUUCAGCAGCGGAAUUCAUCCUUGAACAGGACAUCUCUCGCAAGCUCCUUCCGAAAUGGAUGGGGCCUUGGCCGAUCAUUGAGCCCGCUGGGGAUGCACCUGAAGGGCCUUCCUUCAUGAUUCAGGUGCCUAGCCACUUGCCUGUCUACCCAGUCUUUCAUUGUUCCAAAUUGGCUCUGUACACGCCUGCGGAACAUGACGAUUUUCCCGGGAGACGUGUGCAAGAUCCACCUCCUAUGGAUGGUUUUCAGGAGGUCGGCGACAUCAUCUCCCAGCGACGCUACGACAACAAGCCAACUGAGUAUCUGGUGCAUUUUGCUUACUCCACUCAUCGAGCUGAUCGUUGGUUGACCCGUGCAGAACUGCAAGCGACAACUCCAGACGUUCUCGCACGCUACGAACGCAAGAUGCAAGGCAAGCCGAUUUCUUCGGCUCCACGCCGCGCCCGCGUCCAGGUUCCACCUUCAGAUCGACGACUUUGCCCUCGCCCCGGCUUGACUUCAUAAGGAGGGGGGGGUGUUACAUGCGGCGCGUGCACACACGGGCCAUUUUGCAGGCCCGACGAC